CGUCAUCGGAAUGGCCAAUUACCUGACUCCAGCGACUCCAAUUGCAUCCGAUUCCCGCUUCAGCUAGAUCGCUUGCUUAGCCACAAGAGACUAAUUCAAUCUCAUCUUCACUGUUUCUGUCCUCUCUUCUUUCUUCCCAUCAACAAAAAAGAAACAACACCUCCUACCGCCCUUCCUCGAUUACCACAGCAGCCUCACACUCACCCGUCCAAACAAAUUCCACAAACCGCAACAAUGCCCGCAAGAACAAGCACCCUAAACCGCGACACCAACGAGACCAAAAUCCAAGUCUCCCUCUCCCUCGACGGCGGCGCAGUCCCUCCUUACGAAUCCUCCACCUACUGGGACGCCCACGAUGCCUCCAACCCCUCCAAAACCCAAGACCAUGCCACCCAAUCUACAGCCUCGCAACAAAUCACCGUAAACACCGGCAUCGGCUUCCUAGACCACAUGCUGCACGCCAUGGCCAAGCACGCAGGCUGGUCGCUCUCGAUCCGCGUCCACGGCGAUCUACACAUCGACGACCACCACACUGCCGAAGAUACGUUCCUAGCCGUAGGCUCGGCUUUCAAGAACGCGCUGUCUACGACGUCAGGGCUCGCGCGGUUCGGCUCCGCCCAUGCGCCGCUUGACGAAGCUCUUGCUCGUGCUGUCAUCGACUUGUCGAACCGUCCGUACUGCGUUACCGAUCUUGGGUUGAAGCGAGAGAAGAUUGGAGAUCUGAGCUGCGAGAUGAUACCGCACUGUCUGCAGAGUUUUGCGCAGGCAAGUGGGACUACGCUACAUGUUGAUGUGCUGAGAGGUGAAAACGAUCACCACAGGGCUGAGGCGGCAUUCAAGGCGCUUGCGGUUGCAAUUCGUCAGGCCACGACGGUGGUGGAGGCAUGGAAGGGUGAGGUCAGGAGUACGAAGGGUGUAUUAUACUAG